AAAAGAAUGAGAAGUGCAAAAGCGAUCAUGACGAUCACCGAUAAUGCAGCUUUCAGGAUCAAAGAGCUCGUCAGAGCUAAAAAUAGCGCAGAUUCUCUCUCUGUGAAGAUAGGAGUACGUAGAAGAGGAUGUAAUGGACUCACUUAUACCAUGAAUUAUGCAUCUGAAGAGGACAAGUAUGAUGAAGUUAUCGAAGACAAAGGAGUCAAAGUUAUAGUAGAUUCUACAGCCAUUAUGUUCUUGAUAGGAACAGAGAUGGACUACAUUGACACAGAUAUCAAGUCAGAAUUUGUCUUUAACAACCCCAACUCUAAGGGAGAAUGAGGAUGAGGAGAAAGUUUUACAAUAUAGCACAGGCUGGUUCUUAAAAAUUUCAAUUAA